GCCAGCACAAGUGCCCACCAGGACGAUUGCUCGGUUGGAGCGAUUGCAUCUCAACAGCCAGCGACAGAGCAUGGCGAGCGACGACGAGUGGGAGCGCGACUACAGCAGCGACGACGACAUGGGACUCGACGACAACCCCAGUGCCGACGAAGAGGACAUCAGCGACGACGGGGACGAUUCCAGCGAUGACGAGGACCGAUUAUGGACGAUCGUGGGCCAGGAGAUGCUCUCAAAGGAGCCUGUCGCUGCCCUCAGUGCACUGGUCGAGUCUUUUUCAAGUGGCCAAGGUGGCGAUUGCGGCAGCGACUCGAUAUACAAAGCGCAGACGCUGAUUGCCUUCGGUCACGAAGCUGAGCCGGAUCUGGACUUGCCGCCUUGCCGAGCCGCCAUGUCAACCCAGUUCUUCUGCAUCGCCAUCGAGAGCCACAUUUACAUUGUCGGCAGCGAUUGCUCGACGCUCCUCGAUACCGUAUCCUUUGACUCGAACGUUGGUCAGCUCACCCUCAACACAUCUGGAGACUACCUGGCUGCUGUCACGGCUCAGGGAUGCGUCAGCAUCAUCGAGCUGUCAUCGCGCAAGGUCGUAUGGACACAGGACUUUCACGACGACGAGGACGGCGAUCUGUGUCCAGUCCUAUGGAUCGGAUUCUUGAAGGCUGCAGGCUCCGCAACCGAGGAGCUCCUCAUCGUCCUUCGGAGUAUGACCAUACUUCGUUUUGCCAACAUCGAUCUCCAAGCGAUCAUGGCUGCGGCUGCCCAGCACAACAUGGAGGCUGCCAUGCAGCUCAAGGGCCAGAUCACUCGCGAGAGUGUGUCGAUCAGCCCAGAUCACCUCGAGCUGGUGCGCUGCAUUCAGUACAACGGCAUCGAAGAUGACCUGAUAGUGUGUGGCCAAGGCCCGGCGCCGCUACUGACGUGGGGGCGGUCGCUGGCUUCGCAGCCCAUCGAAUUCCCUGUUUCGGCAUCGGACCCACAGCCCAGCAUCGUCAGCGCCGACGUCGACGCAUCCGGUGGAUAUCUACUGACACUCUCGGGCGACGGCAACUUGGAGCUGCGAGUCCUUCCCUACUGUAUUCCAGUUUUCAGCCGAGCAACAGACCUCGUGGAUGCUAAAAUCAAGGCCGUCGCACCCGGAUCGGGCGCUGUCCUGAUUUCGGGGAUCAUCCGCGACCAAAAGUCCAGCCGGAAGUACAUUCAGUUCAUCGAGCUGCCGACCUUCCGCAUCGUCAAUCAGAUCGAGGUGCAUGCAAACUCGUGGAUACUCUCUGAAAUCAAGCGCUGUCCUUCGACUGGGACACAUGCACAUGAAGUCUCUGCAACCGAGGCGCCACUCUUCUCGCUUGAGAACGACGUAUUCUUUGUCGAAGGGCUGUGGGAUCCGGCAAGCAACCGACAAAUGUACUUUGUUCGGGCGAUAUCAGAGUCUAAGCCAAUGGGUCAUCUUCAAACUUUGAUCAACGAGAAGCGAUUCGGCGACGCCAAGGCAUUUGCUCAAGCCCGUGGGUUGCCGAUCGAGGUCGUCACCAAGGUCCAACUCAGCAGCCUGAUGACCUCCAUCAAGAGCCACUCGCAAGGAGAGCUGGCUUGUGUCGUGCAGAGCCUGCUCGAUCAGCUUGAUGAAGUGGAGGACCACAUAUACUGCAUCAACUUUUGUGUCCAAGCCAAGGUGCCGACGAUCGAUUCGACGUACAGGCUGCUAUCGUAUGCGCGCGGUCGGUCGCAGAGGAUCAAAAAGUCCGAGUUCACAACCCUGACGGACGUGGCUGUCUCGAGUGUCCACCAUGCUAUUCACCGGCUUGGAACUUACCAGCUCAUGCUCGAGGCCGACAACAGCGCCGACCAGUUUGAUGCUGAGGCAUGGCAGCGCUUCCGAAUGACUUUCCUUGCGACGGAGGUCUCGGAUCUGCUCGCAAACAACCAACUCUGUCAAGCGAUUGUGGUGUGGCGACGCCACAUUGCUGAUGAUGACCUGCUCGAGGAGAUUGCCGAUAUCCUGGAGUACGUCUCGAUGGACGCGCCACCUGAGGAGUACAUAGCUUGGAUCAAGCACGACAUCAUCCCGAACGUUCACCGGGUCGUUGAAAAAUCCAGGAUCAUUGCGUGGAUCGAAAGGCGGGCAAUUGCCGUCGAAGAAAAGGAUCAGCGACCCCAUGAGGCCUUCCGCCUCAUCCAGCUGCUCGACGACCUGAACUCGACUUCCCAAAGCCGGAUGCUGAACUUUCCGAGCGUCGAUGGCGUAGACGUGCUUGUAACCCCGCGCAACUACGUCGAGAGCUCGAUCUGGAGAGUCGCUGACGAGGCCCCAGAGGCGCCUCCGACCGAGCUCAAGACGGCCCUUGAAGAUCUCGUCGUUCUAUCGGACAAACACGGCUUUUACAUUCCGCUCCAAGAAUAUCAGCAGACCUCGCCUGCGGAGAUAGCCUUGGGCCUGCUCGAGAGGGUGUCAGCCCACGAACUGCUCUCUGGAGCGAUCCGCGAUCACUUCAAGCCAUACAUCGAGCGCCAUGCUCUCGAUUCCGACGAGCUCCUGACCGAGUACUGUCUCGAGAUCAUGAACGGCUCGCUGGACGUAGCCAAAGCAUGCGAUGGUUCCUGGGAAGCCCGUGUCCUCGAGAUUCUUUCGUGCAUGGAAACGAAAGGCGCCAAGUUGAACGUGCUGGUGGAAGUGCUCAAACGCACCCGCGUUCCAUGGUCGGCCGAGCUGGAAGCGCACAUUGAAACGUGUCUGCAAUGGACUUUUCUUCGGCGAUACGAGGACUUUAAGGAAACCCACAUGCUGCUCCGACUGAAGAGGAUGCUGCUUCAACACGGUAUCCCGAAUCUCAACGUCAGCGACUUGUCGAUGGGCCGGAGAGUCAUCGCUGUCUUGUCGACAAUACCUCCGGCGCUGGACAUUGAGCCCGUGCAGGACGGAAUGAUGGUCGUCAACACAUAUGCGCAUCUCAACAAGCUCGAUGUUUACCGAGCCAGGCUGCGUUAUCUGCUACAACACCGACACAAGGACCAGGCUCUGAAACUGCUGGACACGGGGCUGGAGAACGACAGCACAAGUCUUCCAGCCGAGGCCCGGGCGACGUUGAUACCCUGCAGCCUGAGCACCAGCGAAGCCAUUACUGUGCUGAACGAAAUCGCCCUGUGGCUCGAUCAGAAGCUUUCGCAGACCGUGCGCAAUGUGAAUCCAAACGGGGUUCCGACAGAUUGCUCCAACGGCGCGUCUCCAGCGACCGACCAAGCGCAGUCCACCUUCGACUGGGUCAUCAACUCAUAUGUCGUUGUGGCCGAGUAUGCGCAAAAGCCCCUGAGGGAUAUCGCAGAGAUCAAUCAGAAAUCCAGCAAGGCAGAGUUCGAUACCCUGCACUGGUCUCUGCAUCUGAGCCAGCCAGACUUGCUGGUCAAGCUCCGGAGCAUCGCGGUCAUCUUUGCCGAAUACCGAUUGAUGUUGAACAUGGAUAUGUAUGAGAACCGGGAGCUGCACGUUGAGAUCCUGUCGAAGAUUGCGCCGCAAGCCUUCACCGACGAACACCCGCCGCACAGCCGCGAGUCGCCCUCCAAGCGCUCGAUGGCCUUGGCGUCGUCCUCGAAGGGCGAUCGCAUCUACACAAAGCAACAGGUGUACAGACUGGCAGAGCUACUGAGGUUCCCUCGAAGCAAUCUACACAGCCUCAUCGCUAUCCAGGCGAUCCGGGAUGGCGACCUCGUGACAGCAGUUGCUAUCUCCAAGGAGCUGUACGAAUCGUCCACCGAGCCGGCGGUGGCGGAGCUGCUGCGAGAUAUCACCAACGAGCUGGUCAAGCAUCUCAGCCAGAACAAGAUCUCGGAGCUGGCGUCGUCGCCCAACUUCCGAAUCACAAGCUAUAUCAAGCUAGUCGUGCAGCGGUCUCAGUCCCUGUGUUCCGCGAGUGAUCUUCCAGAUGCGAUCGAUCAGUAUCGCCGGCUCGAUCUGCUUGACAGCAUAUUCAGCCAGAGCGACCAAGGCGACUAUGCAGUUUUGCUGUCCGAGGCCAACAAAGCUCCCAGUGGUACGAAGCGAAAGAUUGCAGAGCUCUCGCAAGCCGAGCUGCAUGGUUUCCACGACCCCGUCAUCGCCAACAUCAAGGAUGACUUUGGUAGCUCGCUGUUCGGCGGACACUUUGGCGGAAUCGGACUGGUGCUCUCGGCCGACACCAGUGUGGGCCACUGUGCCCAGUACUGUAACGAGUGGAACGCCUUCCACAAGGGCUCGGGACAAGACCGCAAGCGCAAAGGCAACGCGUUGAUGCCCCUGGAACAGGCAGACCCUUUGCUCAAGCACUUGAUUCAGAAUCGAUCCUACCUCACAGCACUUUGCCUGCUCUACUCUGUUGCCGAGAUCAGUCAUCGACUGGACGCUGUCGAGGGCAGCCAGCUAGUCUCUGAAAAUGAAUCAGCCUUUGGCUUGGUGCACUCCCUGCUUGGCGAGGUCAUUGCCCCUGUGCACAAGAACAUGGAUCAGAGUCUGGCCUUGGCUUGUUUGGUGUUCCUGAAGGAGCCAGGGUGGAAGACGUUCAGGGAGAUCAUCACCACCUCCAGCAGCCAGGCAUUCACGCGUAAUAUGUGUGUUCUUGGAGUGGCGACGGCCAUGGUUCUGGGAAACACAACCAACGAGAAGCGCAUGGCCGAGCUCUCCAAGCGUAACUUUUGGUUCCAGACGCUUCGGGAAUACGGCAUCCCCUUCAGCCAGAAAGAUGUCUCAGAGCUGUCAAAGCCCGAGACCAAGAAGCGCGUCAUCUCCGAGCUGCUGAUCAAGUCCAAUCUCGACCUGGAGCUGGCGAUCGAGUUUGCCAGAUCCCAUGCUCUCGAUGAGGAUACGGUGAUAUUCGAGUUUAUUCUACACUCGCUCAAGGUUCAGUCGACCGGAUACCAGGAUUUCAUUCACGGUGUCCUAGAAAACAUUGAGGAUCAAGCAGGACUCAGGGAGUUCAUGGAGCAUGAGUGCCUUGAUGCCGUGUCGCCGUAUGACUACGAAGCGAUCCAGUUUGUGCUUCAUCUUGCUGGCAGUCUCCCAACAAGCAAGACAGCAGCUUCGUCAGAGGGGCCCAAGCCCAAGUCGCAUGAGAAGAGCGAGAAGCUUCUUUUGGUCGAAAUCCUCCAGACGAUAGCACGGCAUUCGACACCCGAAGUAUGGGAAGCAGCGCGAGUGCUGCGCUUGCAGCAGAAUGGAGAAAAUGCGGCGCAAUUGGUUGAGACGCUCAUCCAAACAUACCCUCUGUGCAAGUCGCGGCUGCCGUACCAUCUGCUGCUUGAAAGCCCCGACAUGACCCUGAAAGCCGAACUCACCGAAACCACGCUGUCGAGUCUCGUGGCGCUGUCAAUCCCCCUCAAACUGGGGACGGACUACUUUUUCGUGCAUCUGAUCGAUAAAACACUUGAAAGCAUGAGGAAAAACACGGACGCCCCUGAGACAAACAUGGCAGAGUGCGACAUGGACGACGAGCGCUCAGCUCUGCCAACCCAGUUCUCGUUUUUCAAGCCUCUCGUUACCAAGAUCAAGGAUGUCAAUGUUGCGAUCGAGAAAUGCAAUGAGAUUGCCGAGCAGCUGACAAACAAGCUCGAAAAGACCAACGCCUACCGCAUGGCUUUCACUCUUCGACAGCGAAGCGCCCGACAGAACAAGACGACCGGUGGCGACGACUCAAAACUUCCGGUCUCACAGAACCUGCUGCGUGCGGAAACCAUCAACCAACUGGAUGUGCACUCCCUUGAACAGUACGCGGUCUACAUUGACGAGCCCGAAGACCUUGUCCGGCGCCUCUACGCCGACAAGAGCGAGGAGGCGCUCUUCAACGAAGACCGACUCCCACUGCACUCGGUUGCGAACGACAUCUGCAAGCGGUACUCGGUUGAUGUUGAGGCGCUGAGGUCGUCGCUGCUCAAGAGCCUGAUUGAACAGGACAUUGGACAAUCGUCAGGGGUUGAGGAGCUGCAGCUUCCCUCAGCCUAUGCCAAGAUCCAUGGCCUGACAAAGUCCCAGGCAGAGUCUUCGCUGCAGCGCACGAUUCUGUAUAUCCUGAGGGCCGACACUCUGGCCAACGGAAUCGCUCGCCUGACAACCUAUGCAUACAAAAAUAUGAGCGCCCGUACCCUGACAAGAAUUCGGGCGCUCAGCGUUCUGUUCUUGUUUGCAUCGCGAAGCGACCUCGAAUCCAAGCACGUGGAUUACGAGCAAGCGAGGCACUAUAUGCAGAUGCUCCUCUACCUGCUGGAUUUUGAAGCUCUCCACAUUCCCGUGACCAUCAGCACCUUUUCAAAGGCCGACAAAGAGGCUUUCGUGCGGUCUCUGUGGCUCAACCACGGCCCGAACUCGCAGGCCGACAAGCGGACACUGGCCUCGCAGCUGAUCUGCAACAUAUGUAUCGACUUUGACAUCUACGACCUCUUGCUCUGGGAGAAUCUGUUGAAACAGUUGAUCCACUUUGAAUCGUGGCACUACCUCCUCAGCGUCCUCGAGCCCAUCAGCGCACGACCGCAGCUCAUCCAGCUGGCAUCUCUGCCGGACAGCUGGAAUCAGGUGCUUCGCCGAUCACUGGAGUUUGCGACAAAGGGCUACACCGCCGAAGAUACAAAGGCAAACUGGCUUCUCUACCGAGUGUUCAGCCUCAUCCAGGACUGCCUAUUCCUGCCCGAGCUCGAUUCCGAGUGCAUCUUGAGACAAAUACUAUCGGUGCUCAAAUCGUUUGGCUCUGAAGCCGAUGCGCCGCUCUUCCUCUUGCUCUGUGUGCUUUCAGUCUUCCCAUCCAGGAACCUCAAGACCACCAUGGAGGAAUAUCUCUGCAUCGCAUCGCCAAAGACGGUAGCGACGCUCGUGGCAAUGGUCAGUGAUCCGACCAAUGCUGAGGUUCCGUCUGGGCCUGCACAGCUGCGCAAGGUGUGGAAAGGCAUCUCGUCAAAGAAAUGGAUCCUGCAUCUACUCUAUGACUCGGUCAACGAGAAGAAGGCCUUUUCGCAUCUACCGGCGAGGCUACUGGUGCGGUCGGCCGAGUACUAUUGCCGCCAGCAGAAUAUCACCGCGCUCCUGCAGUACAUCCUGGGCAACGGCCGAACCAAAGAAGCAGAGCAGCUGGUCGCCCAGUAUUAUCGGAUGCAUCCACCUGCUCCUCCGCUGCCGGAACAAGCGACCGCAGAGACUCAGCUCGAGCGAUUCAUCCGGGACCACGGCCUGUAACAGACGACAGCCGCACCAAGUAGCGAGAUGCAGAGGAGCACUGAAUAUCAAGAUGUAAUCGGGCACCAAUCGGCGAACCUGCUUCUGGAGCUGAAUAUACACAC